UACAUGGAGUCGUCACCCAGCACGCUUGUGGCUUGCGGUGCUCACUCACACUCUUGAACCUUGAACGUGAGCCUAACACUGUCAAUAAACCGCCCGCGUCGCAUGCUUUACGGCCGUCGUCACCACAGCUGUGCGCGUCGCUAUCUCACCUCUACUCACGACUUCCUCGAGGGUACUCUUGCUCUGUUACUGGGAACAGUCACUCUCUUUGCUUUGGACAAUCCUUGCUCUUGCGCUCCAGCAUCACGCAGAUACCCGUCGUAGCGAGGUGGACCGGUCACGUCAAGAAGCAAGCAGACGCAUACACGCUGCCAUAGCAUUCGCAAGCCGAGGUAGCACGCACGCACAGCGCUCCAAGUGACGAACACUCGGUGUAGCGAGGCAUGGCGACGUCAGUAGAGCUCUUUAGCACAUCUAUCCUAUCCAACAUCAAAGUCCGCUCCAGACAUGAGCGCUUCGUAUCGGUGUUGACUGUUAAAAAGGUCCCCUACAUCUACCAUGAUCUAGCUAGCGACGAGGAUGCAAAGAGCAGGUGGAGGAGAAAGGCGCGAGAUCCUCAAAUACCCGGACUGCUGGUAAACAACGAGUGGAGGGGGACUUUCGAAGAAUUCGAAGAGGCAGUAGAGUUUGGCGAGCUGGGAUUGUUCUUGCGCGUCGACGAUGGGCGGACCUCUGCACCAGCACCGGCAUCAGCUGAUGUCCCAUCGGCUACGACAGGUGAAGGCGCCAAUGCAGAGUCAAGCCGUGCCAGCAUCACUCCUGAAGGUAGCAAUAAUGAGGAGUCGAAACCGCGUGCUUCUGGCAAACACUUAGCUCCGAUCGGUCUGGCUAAGCCUCGGUCCGUGUCAGAUAGGGGCCCAGUUGCAGCGCCGACAGUAGCACUACCUCACGCUCCCACCGGAGCUGGCAAGCGGGAGGAAGCAAGCGUCGAAGAUUUGAUGGAAAGCUUCGAUGCCAACUCUCUCGACCUGAAUGACGACGAUGUCGACGCCAUGCUUGCUGAGAUCUCAGCGCUGAGUCUCUCUGACUCUAAGAGGAGAGAGGAAGAAAAGGCAAAGGCGAAGGCACUGGCAGCCGCCGAGUCUAAGGACCCCAGAAAACGGGGCCUGUAUCCUCAGCUUGGCAUCACACCGCAAGCGCCUGUGCCUCGCACGUACAUUCCCUCAGCAAAUGCAGGAGUAGCUCCACUGAAGCUUGCGAAGAUGGGCACGGGCAGCGCCAGCGCUGCUUCGUCGAGAAGCAUGAGCGAAAGUUCUUCUUCUGCCUCGGACAGCUCUGCAUCUAGGCUGGCUCGCUACAAUGCGAGUCAAAUGUCGUCCAAAGCUCUCGUUGCUGAGGCUUCUUCUGCCGCUACGGCAAGGGGUGCAUCAUCAUCAGCCAUAGCCAAAAUGAUUGCAGAAGGCGGGAGCCUGUCGGAAGCUCUUACGGCAUCGCGAUCUGAGGCGAUCGUUGGCCACGAAGAUGCCGAUGCACUCCUGGCUAGCUUGGGACUGGCAGACAUUCAGCUUACGCCAGACGAAGCUGAAGCUUUCAUAUCGCACGGAACGAUCCCAGAGGGAGCAAGCAGCGGGGGAGCGCGCCUGAAGCGCGUGCAAAGCAAAGCGGAACGCGCGCGUGACGAAGUCGGUGCAAGGGAGGUGGCCAGACGCGCGCGAGAGAGAGGAGCGGGCGGCAGCGUCUCUAGCAUCAGCAGCUUCAGCAGUAGUGAAAGCGCGCGACAGCGCUCAAAGAGCCCCCUGGUCUCCGCAGAGAAGGAGUCACCAGUUCCUGUCUCUGCUCACGUGGACGCAGCGAAUGAUGCGGAGCUGCUGACAGGUGUCAAGCCAAGCGCUGCGGAAUCCAAGAGCAGCAAGAAGGACGAUACUGCAAUCAUUCCCGAGAAUGCAAUUAUGACAUCUCCCUUGGACAAGGAUGCAAAGGUAGACAAAGACAGCUCGACAGCCUCCGAGGAUCAUCGUCUUGUUUUGCCCCCGUCCAAGGAAGAGAUAUUUGUCUCUGAAGGUCAGGAUAUCGCCGCGGAAGCUACCCACGAGCUGGAGCUCGACAAUAAGCCUGCAGAUACACCGGAUAGCAGUUUGACUGACUCAAAUGUUGGCGAUGGUGAUUCGGCCGGAAGCGCAAGCGACGUCUUGCCGAUCAAAACGAGCACGAGCCCACAUUUGAAGCCCAGGUCGGAGCCUGCGUCGGAGCCCGCUGCGCCGUCAAGCAACCCUCCUGUGGAGCCUGACGAGACGCCACGAGCCAAACAGGCUGAUUUGCCUGAUGUGGAUGACGCUCCUGCUGCAGAUCAACCUCCACCAAAUACGGAUGAUGCGGAGGAGGCCGAGGCAGCAGUUGCUGAGCUACCGAUUCGCAGCACACAAGAUCUCGACAAACGAACAUCUAGACCAAUGUCCAAGUUCGUGGGUGGUGCAGAAACCGAUGCUGCCAUUGCGCUGAUGCUACACGGAGGGGAAGUCCAUCAAAACACAGAAGUUGAUGGUGCCGAUGGGUCUAAGGUAGAGGGUGCGAAUGGAUCAGCAGCCGAUGGCAAGCCACUCCCCCCAAUGUUAGACCUAAGCGGUAUCAGCAACGAUCCUCAAGAGCCAGGUGCUCCGCCUUCACCAUUGGGGGCUAGUGCUUCUUCCAAGCAGCUAUACUCACCUCAUGGCUCGCCAGAAGCGGUGAAAGGGGAGGCUCAGGGCAGCGAAUACCCUUCCGGUGCAGACUCAUCGCAAAGCGCGAAUCAUGCCGCUGCGUCUCCGCCAAGCCGACCACGACCCUCUCGCUCCAGCACCAACAUGAAGUCUCCCCCCGCCUCGGCAUCUUCGCGCCGUGCUAUCGAUGUGCAGCGAAGGGACGGCAGCUCAAGCUCUCCGAUGACGCCGUCUCACUCUGGGCCGUCAUUGGGCUCCAGUCCUCCUCCUCCUUCGCCCCACUCUGCCUCCAGUCGUCAUUCCAGCAGCGGCCCUGACUCUUCACUCUCGCAUGCGCAUUCCUCUGGCUCAAUUUCCGCCUCUGGUCCUCCCAAGAAGGGCCGUUUUAGUCUGGCCAAAUUCGGCAAAGGAAAGAACGAGAAGGUGACUUCUCCACUCAGUCCUAGCUCCAGCGGGGGUGGCAAAGACUCCUUCUUCGGAUCAGUUGGUAGGGGCAAGAGCUCCAUUUCUGACGAGAGGAAAUCCUCAUCCACCGUCAGCCGAGAAGAUAGGAUGCACAAGACCCUCAGUCAGAUCCUGCGCGAUGCGGAUGCCGCUAUGGCGGAUCUGGACAACGAUAAUGAUGCUGCUUCUAUCAUCAGCAAAGACGACGGUCUGUCUUGGGAAGGCGAUGACGACGACGAUGAUGAUGGCAGACCUCGAGAUUUCGACGUGAAGAUCCCAGCAUAGGCCACGGCACUUUAGACACCUUCGAGGGAACGUUGAUUCGCCAUCAAGCUUCAUGUAUGCACCACAUUCUUGCCCCAACUCAUCAUUUCCUUAUUAGCCAGCAGCUUGUCGCUUGGGGUCGAACCUCUUUCGGCCUUGCGCGUCUCUCUUAUUGCCGAGCGCACAACGUCUCAAUCUGAUCUGUACUUGCCUCUUAGUGAAGGGAUGCUCGACCGUGAAUGUCUGAUAUGC